AUGUUUGCCGAGGCCGCCGACCCAGGAGCGGCGGCGAACCCGACUCAAAAGGCCGAGGUAGGCGUAUGGCUUCCGUCGGUCAAUACGGCAGCCGCCCAGUCGACUGCCAGUGUCGCAUCGCGUCCAUCCGCAAUGACCGAUAGGGCUCUAUUGCCUUUCGUAAGGGAAACUUGCCUCAAGUGUAUGCCGCCCGAAAAGGAUUUCAAACACCUGCACCGCGUGUAUCGGGAGAAGAUCCACCCCAUCUUCGCUUUAAUCCCCGAGGACGUCUUGGAUGAUGGCGAUUCUCCCACAGCCAUUGUCAUGCGCCAAGUCGUAUCUUUGGCUGCCGCUACCGAUCCCGAGAUGAAGAGCCAUUUACGUCUCGCUAACCAAGGAAACAAGAAGCUAUCCUACCAAGACUUUUCACAGACGUUGUCCGGCUCUGUCCGAACCAUCCUGGAGACGAGCUUGAUUUCAGACCGGACAGUACAUAUUCGUGCCCUAUGUAUGCUGUCGCUGUACGUUCAACCUUCAAGUGCCGAUGAAGCAGAUUUGCCUGCUCAGUUGGGUGCGCGGGCGGCCCACCACUCCCAGACUCUUGGCUUGCAUCUUUUCCACUCUAGCGAUGACGCGCUGGAUACACUGUUUUGUGCCGUCUGGGCCCUCGACCGCAUCAACGCCGCCGCAUAUGGAAGACCCUGCGUUCUGCACGAGGGAGAUAUUGGGCCCGGCCUCGCCGACUGCUUCCGUAGACAAAAGCCGUGUUUCCGACUCUUCCUAUCGGUUGUGCAGUGGCUGGAUAAGGUUAUUGAACUUUACAGGCCAGGCGUUAUCGCUCACUCUCUUGAGAGCAAGCCGUUCAUUGACCUGCCUGUUCUUGAGCCCAUGAUACUGGAAGCCGAGGCCUUACAAGUUUCCACGCCGCUGCUUGCGCAAUACGCCUCGUCCAUACCACCUGCUUCAGCAAAUGCCCGUCGCUCCCUUGCAGCCGAGCGCAUAUCUUCAGCCAUUCGUCGAGAUCAUCUUAGUCCCGUACCACUCGUCCCUUACGCCCUCUCCCUCGCUCUCAGCGUUGAGUACAGGAAGAUGCGACACAGUGCUCUACCCAUGUUUCGCGCUCGCGCCCGCAGUGCCUUUAAAUCCAACUCGGAGCUGAUGAAACGCUUUGGCGACGUGUUCUGGAGCGCAAGGGUGGUUGCCGGAUUGGGAGAGCGCAUUCUGAGAGAAAUGGAGCGAGCAGCCAACUCUAUUGCCCAAGGAGCAACGGCAGCACCUUUGCCUUCAUCUAUCACCGAUAUCCCCACGAAUGGAAGGGCGGAGGAGCCUGCCGCAAUGCCUGCGGCAACGGAUGCAGCUCCGCAGGCGGCGACAGCACCGGCAACCACCACUUCAACCACCGAGUUCCCGCCCCUUGAUGCUAUCGACUUUUCUGUCGUUGAUGCCAUGCCUCAUCUGGACGUGUUUGGUCAUUUUGAUCCGAGCUUCAACCUUCCGGCAGUCGACAAUGCCUUAGAAGCCAACCUUGACAUCGGGCUACCUUUGAACUGGGGCGAAUGGGAUCACUUUGCUGGCUGA